UCCACACAGCGGUAGUUUUCAGUAAAUCAAUAGUCUACAACAAAUCACUUCCUGGUUAUGUCAAACUCGUCAAAAGCUUCAUAAAGAAUUCGAUAUGAGGCGGUUAAAGUUCAGCUGAUGAUCUGUUGUGUGAUAAUCUCAGUGUGUGGGACGACGAAAUCAUCAAGAUGAAUGGUCUGUCCUUGUGGAGCAGACUAAUGUCACAAUUUCGCAAAUGGCGUAGUCCCACCAUGACUGUACCACAGACACCAGAUGUGCCUUCACCGGUCUUCACUUCUAGAUCUAGAUCUUCGCUUUCAUCAUUCUAUCCAUUUGGCCAUCACAGUGCAUUUAACAUAGAGUAUCGGCCCAAGAGUCUUCCAGACUAUGACUACAGCGCCAUUCUGUGUGGAGGAGUGGGACCGGAGAAUUAUUCCCAGGACUGUUGGCUUGAGGAGCAUCUACAUCGAUUCUCCAGUCUCUCUGGCGACAGAACAAACAUGACUGACGGUAUGGAGGAAUCGCCUGAUACCAGUGGGGUGGAUGAAAACGUUCCCGACUUCUCGGUUGACUCGUUCAUAAACUCUGAUGCGAAUAGCCUCCAGUGGAUAUAUCUGUAUCAGUACGGGCUGACGGAUGACACGCCAGGUGUCGAAUCUCCUCCUCCUUACUGGGACGGGCCACCACCUUCGUACGAAGAAGCGACGAGAUCACGAGGUGUCGAACGGGAAUUUUCGUGGUGUAGUUUAACUCAAGUGGAUCAUGCUUCGGACUGGAUGUGGUGACUCAGGCAGUUUUGUUUUCAAGGCUCACCCUGUCCAUUGCCAGAUUAGCCAUUAAUUUUAUAUAAAGUAUAGCUGGGCAGUUCCAUAGUAUUUGGUCCAUGGGUGUGGAAAUUUCAAAAUAACCUAUUAAACUAAGUUUGUAUUAUAGCUUAAAGUUAACACCCUUAAGCCUAUAAAAAAUAUAUAUAUAUUGCCAAUUUACUUAUGUUUUAUGGGUUUUAAUAACUGUUUUACUUGGGGAAAAAAACUUUUAGAAUUUUUGGCGAAUACAAAUUUGCCACUUUUGAAUAAUGUUUGAGGACCUACUCUUAAUAUGUGAAAAAUGGCUUAAAAACCCCCAUUCCAGUGUGGGCCCUGUUUUUGUUGUUUCCAAAACUCAAAGUAUCUACUGUACUAUAAAUCUGGGUUCUUGUUUGUAAUAUUUUAAAAUGCAAACUCAAGACUUUUAAAAGCACAAGAAAGAAAGACAUUUUUUGUUUAGCAACACCUCAGAACAUUUUUAAAGUAAAACAAUUUUGUGUCUGAUAUAUGAUAUUUGGCUCAAAUUAGUGGCCAGCAAAAAAAAAGGGUGGGGGUGGGGGGGCUGCCCAUUUUUUAAAAUUUCUUAAUGCUUUAAAAUAUAUUUUACAUGUCCUCAUUUUUUAUAUAUCAUCCCACACCCAGUGCUGUCUUAUUGUCAUAUCAGCAGGACAUAUUUCCAAUAGGCACAGCAGCACAUACCAUCGUGACCUUUGGCUUUCAUGGCACCACGACUGGUAUAUCAAAGGCAGUGUGGUAUGUGUUAUUGUGUCUGCGGGAUGGUGUAUAUAAAAGAUCCCUUGCUAUUAAUGGCAAAAUGUAGCAGGUUUCCUCUCUAAGACUAUACAGUAAAGUACACUUAUAACGAACAUGCUUUAAAUGAAUAUUACAGCAUAGAAUGAACUGAUUUGAAAGUCCCGUUUUAUCUCCCUAUACAUUAACAACCAACUUAUGCAAAUGUGUACAACGAACCACUGCUAUAACAAACUAUCAUGGUCCCUUCUCGUUCAUUACAAGAGUACGUUACUGUAUGUCGUAAUUACUAAAUGUUUGACAUCCAAUAGCCAGUGAUUAAUAAAUCAAUGUGCUCUAGUGGUGUUGUUAAACAAAACAAACUAACUUUUUUGGCUUUGAUGUACCAGUCAUGGACACUGGUUGGGAUGGGGAAUUACUGGGAACACCACCACACCACCACCCUCCCCCACCCCACCCACACACACACACACACACACACACACACACACACACACCCACCCGAUGGGUCCACUGUGGAUGACUGGUCCAAUGACCCAUCCCACUUCAGGUGAUUUUUCCAGUCCUGUAGAUCCAGUUUUACCCGUCUCACCCAAUGCCCAUAACUGGUAUGUUGAAGCCAAGCUGUGGUAUGUGUUGUCCUGUUUGUGGGAAAAGGCACUGACAAGAUUCCUACUUGGGCAUAGUAAAAAAAAUUGUUUAGUUUCGGUUACCCGACCGUCCCUAGAUUUUUGGUGCCGACCCUAAACAUUUUUUUAACCUUUUCCACCCCUUUUUUUUUUCCACCUGUUUUAUUUAAUAAUCCAUUAAUAUCAAUCCUAAUUUUCGUUGACUCUAAAAACAACAACUGCUGAGAGAUGCCACGAGAUCUGUCAGUCCAAGAUCUCGUUACCAGAAGACCCGGAACACUACUCCAGUCACCCAUGUCAAAAAUAAAAAUGCAUUUGAUAUCCUUAUGGAAAGCCGAAGUCAAAGAAAAAUCUUGAAAAAAAAAAAUUCUUUACCUACCUACCCUAUUUGUUUUUGGCAUGUAACAGGAACCAAACAAUUUUUUUUACUUGGCCUUAGGUAAGAUUAUGGAACCAAAAUUUUGUUUCCCAUGUUUAUUAUAUCGAGUACGACUAUUCAGUGAAAAUAAUAUAUAUAUAUAUAUAAUUAUUUUUUUAAAAACAAAUUUCCGAUGGGUUCCCAUCAUCACAAGACACAGAACCGAAAAAGUGUUUUCCAUGAAUAUUGAAAUCCUAUGGCCUGCUUUAAAAACUUUUAGAAUCUAGACUCAACUGUAACUGUCUGAGGCUUUAACGUCAUGACAACGCCAUACAAACUGUAUGCAUGUGACGUCAUUAGAGGUUUGGGUUUAGAUCCUAAAGUUUUAGAAGCACAGGCUCAGGUUUCUCCUCUCACAUUCAAGAACAAGUGUUACAAUAACCAUCUGAUAGACACCACAUAACCAUAAGUAUAAAAUGGCUCAAGUGUCAUUAAACACAUACUCUAAGUGUAUAGGCUCCCAUUUUUGUAGGGGGGGGCAGUCUGGCAUUUUUCCCGAAUUAAUUUUUUUCUCUCCUGAAUCUGCAUAUACAGCAUUUAUUCAUGUUAGCAUUACUACCAAACAAUAAUGUUUUUGCAUUUACCAUAGUUUGACACCCAAUAGCCGAUGUAUUUUUCGUGCUGGGGUGUCAUUAAACAUUCAUUCAUUCAUUCAUUUACUACCAAA